UGAUGGAAAUGUAUGCAGGAAACUACAGAAGAGGGCACCUUUGGGUUAAAAAAAUGCUGGAAUAGAAAAGCAGUUCAGAAAGGAGAGCAAAUUCUUUCAAUAUUGACUGGAAUAAGUAAGACAUGGAAAAAAGUACCUGGAAAAGGUGAAGACUGAGAUGGGAGGAGAGUAAUUGAGACAAGGGAGGGAGGGAGAAAAGGCAUCUGAUGAAGAGGGGGAUAUGCACAAACACACUCAGAGAGAGGGAGAAAAGAAACUGUUAAAGCGUCUGUUGCCAGUCUCAGCAUCGCUCAGUUUGUGCAGGAGGCUGCAGCUCCUUCCCUCCAGGAUCUCUACCAGCAUCACUGAGCAGAUCUGAAGUCUCCUCACUCUCAGCUGGGAUCACUUCAUGAUUUCUUCUUCUUUUCUUCCCUUGUUUUUUUUUUUUGUUUGUUUUUUUUUUUUUUUUUGUUUGGUAAAUGGAUGACAAGAGCCAACCGUAUAUAAAUGGAUUUCUCGCAGCUGAACUAAUUUGAGUUCAAACACGGGAUCUGGAGAGGCGGGGGGAGAGACCAGACAGAACAGGGCGCUCCAAGUCAGCUUCUUCUGUGUUGUUUGUUUGCGGGAGCAGCACUUCAUUGUGCCUUGGAUAUGGGACCGUGCGUCAGCCCAGCGGGAUCCGGAUCCGGUGCCGCAGGAAGAGCGUCCUCCUGAAGCAGGAAAAAGACCCUCUGCUGGGUUUUCUUCUUCUUCUUCUUCUUUGAUUCUAAUUAUUCUCUCAAGAGAGGGGCGGCUUUGAGAUUUACGCGCCGGAAUGAUGCGUCCCAACCGCGGGUUCAUCCUGCUCCUCCUCAACGGAACCGCUUGUUUGGUGGUGAUAGGUCAAGAAGAUGGCUCCUCCAACUCCAAGAGCUCCUCAGACGCCUCCUCCAAGACAGAGGGCCUUCUGAACGGACAAGCCUCUCACUCGCCCCUGAGCCGAUGGAUGCAGCACAGUAAAGGCAGAGCUGCUAACUCCACCUCCCUGGAGCUCCCUUACCGCUCCCCAGUCCCUUUCUCUAAGCAGGAGUUCUCCAAACAAGAGUUCUGGGAGAUGUUGGGCAGCGACCUGCUCAAAUCAGACGCCUCCAGCUCCAGGGUGAAGCGCCGGCCGAUCGUUAAAACCGGCAAGUUCAAGAAGAUGUUCGGCUGGGGAGACUUCUACUCCAACAUCAAAACGGUGAGGCUCAACUUGCUCAUCACCGGCAAGAUUGUGGAUCACGGCAACGGCACUUUCAGCGUAUACUUUCGCCACAACUCAACGGGUCAGGGCAACAUUUCAGUCAGCCUGGUCCCGCCCGUCAAGGCCGUGGAGUUCGACCUGGAGCGCCAGAGUGUAGUCUACCCAAAAGACUCCAAGAUAUUUAACUGCCGCGUGGACUACGAGAAGGUGGAUCGGAGCAAGCGCACCUCGUUGUGCAACUACGAUCCGUCCAAGACCUGCUUUCAGGAGCAGAUCCAGAGCCACGUGUCCUGGAUUUGCUCCAAGCCUUUCAAAGUCAUCUGCAUCUACAUUUCCUUCUACAGUACGGACUACCGCCUAGUGCAGAAGGUUUGCCCGGACUACAACUACCACAAUGAGAUGCCCUACCUGCCUUCAGGCUAGAGGAAGCAUGAGGGGUAGGAGAGAGGAAAAGUGAGGGUGACUGAACAUGUGAGGAGGAAACUAGGGCGGAAAAUGUCAGCAAGACACCGUAAAACAAAACAAAACAUGUAGCCUGAGUAUUGUAAGAUGUAAAAACAUAUAUGCAAACUACAGUAUGCAUUUAGGAAACAUCCGAGACUGGCAGUGAAACUCUACCACCAACACAUUUUACCUCAGUCCUGUUUUGAAACUCGAACAACUGCGCAGCAUUCCUCCAACCAAUUUAGUCGUUUCUGAAUCUUAUCUGAGUGUCCUUCUUAAUCGCCCUUUGCAAAGUCGCGAGAAUUGAAAGUGGGCUUUUAAAUGGUGCGGUAAUUCACAAGAGAGCUGCAGACAGAUUCAGCGUUUAUGAUAAUUAUCAUGUCGUGUUUAACAUUGUGCUCUCUAAAGAUGAUUUAAACAGGCCACGGGGAACAUAAAGUAUUCAUUUGCUCACAAAGUGCAGAUGAACGUGGAGUGUAACCAACCGCAGCAUCAUUAAAGUGACGCUCAGACCUUUCAAAGGGCAGACGUUUAUGGGAACUUGGUGCCAAAACAAUGCCAAAACUUCUGACACAAACAUCAGCGAAUCCCAAUAUAUCCCUCAAUUAAAUCCUCUCCAAAUAAAAUGUAUAAAUAAAAAGAAAUUGCUUUGCAGCAUUUCAGGUCCAUGUCUUAGGACAAGCUCGGUGUGAAGGCAAUAACGAGAUUGUACGGCGGUGCAGAAUUGGAACCUCCACACUGAUGAGAGAGAGUACAAGGUAGCGGGGUGAGAGAUGCAGAGAUUCAGAGCUGUUUUAAUUAAAGUGGAGAAGGAGACGUGGGGUAUGCGGCGCCGUCUAUUGUCCCUUCUGUAUGAAAAAGAUUACAUUUUGUUGCCGUCAGGAUUCCUGAUUUCACGCCUUGAUAACUUUGACUGUGUGCAGGAGAUUGCUCUCUCUCUCUCUCUCCUGACAAAUGCUGCAUUCACCAAAGUAAACCCAGUUAUCUUGAAUAAAUGAAAAUAUUAUCAUAAUAAUUACAUAUAAUUUAAUCUCUUUCAGAUGUAAUUACGGCUUCAAUGAGAGCGCAAAAUGUGUUCCUAAAAAUCGAGUCAGUGGGAAGGAGGAUAAGAGAAUAUACAGUGAGGAUUGUUGGGGUGUAUUCGCACGGCGCCAGCAGCCACAGUUUAGCCCCGAGUUAACUGCUCUCAUUAAGAUAAACGGCCACUAGCUGCCCCGUCUCAUGUUACACACACAAACAAUAUCAGUGCACAGCCAAGAAAUAAAUCAAGUUGCCUAAAUCUUUCCAUGUUGAAAGGUUAUGAGGACACAAUGACUUUUUGGUUAAUUAACAAGGAACAUUCACAAGACAGGUGUGAGGAGCCAAUGAGCAGAUCAGAUAUCCAGUUUGAUGCUAAUGUGGUGUGGCAUUGGUGAUAAAGUUAAGAUAUGAGCGGAAGCAGCAUGCUGGAUCCCAGAUGGAAAUGUAAAGCCGUCCUGUGGUGGACCGAGCAUUAGCUGCUUCCUUUGCGCAACUUUACUUACAGAGCGUCAGCACAAAAAACAAAAUAAGGACAAAAAAAUUUAUUUAACCCUUUCAUGCAUAACAGACAGUGCAGUGGACAGUUGCCUUGUGUUUCCUGUGGAUUUUUAUUUACUUAAUACACAGACCACCGCUAGUGUGUCAUGCAAUACACCGCCAACUACUGGCCAUCCACUGCAACUGCAAGUAAAUCCAAUAUGGCAGGAAAAAAAAACAUGCCUCCAAUCCCUCCUUCUGGAGUCAAGGAAAGAUUAAUACUACUGAUUCCAAAUAACUUUCAACUGAUGACAUGAAAAAAAUCCUAGAAAUCAGAAAAUCCAAAACACUUUGGAAAAAAUCCUGACAUAAGGAAUCAUAAUUCAUGCAUGAAAGGGUAAAAAUUGCAAAUAUAUACACAUUUAAAGAGAGCCUCAGUGAAAACAUCUUUAUAUAUGCUUGAAUCUGUGAUGCAAAACUGAACUCAUCAGUACAUUACUGCGAUAGAAUGCAAAAGAAAAACAAAUCCUCCAUGUCCUUUAGGGGCUCCGUAGUACAAAUACCAACAUUUGGACAAAAUAUUUACCCUUUGCUACUACCUCACUUAAUCGAGGCGCCAUGAUGGACGUUGGAAGUGAGAGACGGGAGUACUGAACAGAGCGACUGAAGUUGUUUUCCAAAGUUGUUUUUGCCAGUUUAUUCAUGGCUUGUACUUGUUCGGUCGAGCUAAUUUGUCUGUGAACGCAACACACUUGGUUGUAGCUCAUGGUCGCUGGUAUUUACAGUAGUUUGAAUUAGCCAACUUAAAACCCGACCCAUAUCUCCUCUCUCCUGACGUGAUGAUCAAAUUACCGACUUUGUUUGAAUUCACACCACAUGAUUUAUAUCACUAUGUCAUGAACAGCGUUUCCCCUUUAACCGAGGCAGCAUUAAAAACGUACGAAAGACGAGAUGCUAACUAGUUUUUUUCCACACAUGCUAGGCUACAUGACGGGGCGGCACUGUCUCCAUGGUUACCAACCGUUAGACACCACAUUCGCCAUAGUGAAAUAUUAGAUCUGAUUCUAAUCAUACUUACUAAGCAUAUGAAAAUUAAUCAUCUUACCUUUGUAAAAAGCGCUCGCUGCAACUCCGUGGUUACACCGAGAGCUGUCAGUCAUUGUGAUUAACAGCUGCUAUCCAUCGCCGCCGCAACUUUCCUCAUUAAGUUAUAAAUAAAAUGACACGUUUGGUUUCCAUACUUGUCUGUUAAAGCAGCCGACUGCGCAGCAUCCUGUGACCAUUUUUACUGCGAAAUCAACCGAAUAAAGGCAAUAUUAGGCUACCAUAUGAGUGUUUUUGACGGGCUUUACAGGAGCGUCUUGGUUGUUGUCCGUCAUGGUGGAGUGGGCGGAGUUUCGAAGAGCGCGCAAAGGGUCAACAGCAAACAAAACACAAAUAAAUUACAUUUAAGUUCUAAAAAGAUAGAAUGUGUGAAUGCUCAAUAUGUAUGAAUAGUUUUAAACAAUAAAGACAUGGAAAUCUGCACAUCAAAGUUUUUCAAUUGUUUAUAAAACUGGGAAAAAAAGCUCAUUUUGGUCUCUCUGAGUCCCUACAUCAAAUAUCAGCAGUUCACAAAGAUAUCUGCAGGGAACAAGGCGGCAAAUUCACCUGCAGACAUCAUGAAUGUCGUUCUCCGGUCUUCUCUUAGCUGGGCGCUGGUUUUAUGAAACAAUAUUUUAAUCAUUUGUUGACACAUGAAUCUGUCUGCCUCUUCAUCUACCAAGCUAAUCUUAGCAACAGGAAUCUGAAAACACCAGAUUGGCUGGCUUCACGUUUCAGAAAUAAUAAAUAAACGCAGAAUCUUCGAGGAGCAAACAUUACAGGUUAGGCAACAGCUCAAACUGAAUCUCUGACGCCUGUUUGAAGGAUCUUUUCCUGAACUGCUGGAUUGAAUACAAAGUUUUACGUGUUUCAAAUGCAUAAACCAGCAUGACUGAACCACAUCUUUCUUCUUUACUUUAGUAACCUCAUCCUCUGGCUUAUUUCACCCCUUUCUGCAUGUUAGUCUGGUGUUUUUGUUUGACCCGCUCUACCUCCAUCCGGCUGGAACCAAACCCAGCCGUGUGAAGUUCCUCACUGCUGCUUUCACUGCAAAAAUACAAAAUGUUAUAAAAUAAUUUUGGUCUAGUUUCUUAGUACACUUAAAAUAAGACUUAUAAGUAACUUUUCAGCAAGAUACAAGAGCUUGAUUUAAGUCAAUAAUUCCUUAAAAGAACUCGUUCCACAGGCAGGGUGUGUUUUGUCUUGUUAUAAGUGAAAAAAUCUGUCAGUAGAACUUGUAAUUUUUCAUCAAUACUAAGAAAUCAUUGACAUAAAGGUGAGGUAUGUAACUUUUAUUUAAAAAAAAACAAAAAAAACUUAUUUACGUAUUUGUUAAAAUACGUAAAUUUUUUCUCAUUUAUAUGAGAAAAAUAAUCUAUAAAAUGAUCAACCUUCACCUCCUCCCUGAUCUACUGUCACGGUCUGAACAAAUGCGUCGCUCCCGGUCAAAAACAGCCAAUCAGAGCCAGAAGGGGGGUCUUAGCGCUGCCAAUCAUUGUCGUAAAUGCGCUGCUAAAUGUGCUAAUGACGGAGGAACAACUCACAUUUACAGGAAAAAAAUUGUACCCGCAGUCAUAAGUGGCUAUGCUAAGUAGCCUUAGCAUUCAUGACUGACACAGGCAUGAUUGACAGCGAUAAGAGCCGCUAAAGUGAUAGCUUUGAAAAAUGUAUAUAUUUUGAUAAAAGUUUUUUAUUGCAGCUUUAAAACAAGCUAUUCUAUUGUACUGAAAAGUUACUCAUAAGUUAGUUUUGUGUUAUUUCUGUAGUAGACAAAAGAUUCUUGGUAAUUUCUUGUGUUUUUGCAGUGUUGCCCCCUCUUCAGCACAUAUUUCUGAUUUAAUCUCUCCCAACAGUUCAUUUAUACAUCUGUAUUUCAUAAAACAUCAUGUUCACACACAGUCUUAAGAUGUAUUUGUUUAGUUUCUUCCUCCCUCCUGUUCAACCAUCUUGUGUAAGCUCCUGGAUCGGGAGGACAUUCGCCGUCCCAGAGAGCAUGCUAACACGCCCCAGUAACCUUAAGACCACCACCCAUCCCGCCGAUCCCCGUCCCGCAGGGCGUCUGGAAACUCAAACACCACGGAAUCAAAGCUUGGAAACCACAAGCCCUCGGCAACUCUGACACUAGAGAAAAACAAAAGACAAAAAGGACAAAUGUUGACAAGAAGCUCCGUCCUCUUCUCCUUACUGAUCCCCUCAAGUAUACAGCAAUACUCUCAGUGAGACGCCACCCUCCUUGCCUCUCUGGGGAACAGAAAAGGCUGCUGAACUGCAGUGAGCAGGCGGACAUGUUGCUGUGGGACGGAAGGUGUUGUUAGAGCAGCAGCCUUACUAUUUACCCAUCUGGUGCCAACAGACGUGAACAUUUGGCCUUAAAGGCUGCAAGCAGCAGUGGUCCAUUCAGAACAGAAUAAUUACAAAAAUAAGACUGUUUAAACAUGAGUAUACAUAUAUAAAUAAUAUAUAUAUAUAUAAAUAUAUAUAUAUAUAUAUAUAUGAAAGCUAAGAGUCCUGAGAUCUGAAUAAAGUUGUAUUUAAAUGUGGGUCAUGCUUUGAAGGUUGUCUGUUUCACGUUUUGGUUCCUUAUGGUUUUGCUUCUCUGUGAAUGAUAAACUGUACGGAUGAAAUGAUGGAUUUAAAACAAACCAAUAAAGUACGCAGAGGUACUUACAACACUUAACUACGGAGAAACGAGCCGCCGUCUUCUAUCUGGCUUCAGCCCCUGUGCAGGUGAAGUGUGUCAACAACACUGCAGUCUCUGUUUUCUGGUAUUUGCAUAGCUAUGCUGUGUGUGCCAGGAGCCGGUGGCAAAGAAAAGAUGUGACGGAAAUUUAGCUUAGGGCUGCUGCAGAUAUAUGUGAGGAGAGAGAGGAAGAAAACAUGGCUGAGAAAGAAAGAGAAACAGAAAACGUUUCAAGUGGAGUGAUGCUAAUUAGCCUCCUUUUUCUCCCUUCCCCUCCCUCUUUGUUGUGCUACUUCUCAGCGUCUUUUAUUUCUCAAAUGCAACUGGCAAUAAAUUAAUUUUACGUUUUAAUUAAAUCCCAGACAGCUGCUAAGGUGGGGCAAUGAGUUCAAACAUUCAGCUCACAACAUUCCCUUUAAAGGCGA